UGGGUUGGACCUUGGGACCACUUCCGGUUCGAAGUUUGAGGAGGUCAGGGUGUCCUUCCCACGUGUUUUCUCAGGCAGUAAUCUGUCUGUAACGUCAGUCGUGGGUAACUGAUACUCUGGGUUUAUUUUACUAUUAUAUUUUCUUAUUUAGUCAAAUUUACCAAUCUAUAACCAUGCUAAAGUCUCUUUCCCGAACGGUGAGUACUGCAGUUCGAAUUUCUACAACCACAAUGUUUUCGGCCCGAAGUCUCCAGCCUCUUACGAGAUCGACAUUAUGUUCUCCAAACUCCGGAACCAUACGGCCUUUCAGCCGGUCUCUCUGGAUGAUGAGCCAUAACGGGGCAGCAUCGGUAUACAGACCAAAACUCUUCAGUUCAAAAGGAUUUACUCCUGUGUCGUGUGGAUGUGGAUCACUACACACAGAAGGAGACAAAGCCUUUGGAAAUUUCCUUUCGGAUGAAAUCAAAGAAGAGAAGAAGAUCCAGAAAAGCAGUACUCUUCCCAAGAUGUCUGGAGGGUGGGAGCUACAGCAGAACGGCACAGAAGCCAAACUCAUUAGGACAAUUUCUGGAGAAAAAGUGACCGUCACAUUCAACGUCAACAACAGUAUUCCCCCUAAGUUUGAAGAGGAGGCUGAACAAGCACAGGGACAGAAGUCUGCAGAGAAUGAGCCAGAUAUUGUGUCUUCACCCAACUUCGUUGUCGAGGUGACAAAACAGGCGGCAAAACAUUCCUUGGUGUUUGACUGCCAUUAUCCUGAAGAUGAGGCUAAAUACAUUUUCCAGGCAAUCCAUGGUGAAGGGGAAGAGGAGAGUGAUAUUUUUGCCAUCCGUGAGGUCAGCUUCCAGCCUGAGGGAGAUGUAGAGUGGAAGGAGACCGCCUACACACUCAACACAGACUCUCUGGACUGGGCCCUGUAUGACCACCUCAUGGACUUCCUGGCUGACCGGGGGGUUGACAACACGUUUGCUGAUGAACUGAUUGAGCUGAGCACUGCCAUGGAGCAUCACGAAUACAUCAAGUUCCUGGAGGACCUCAGUGGCUUUGUCAAAUGCAAUUAAUGUUUGGAAUGAAUAGAUUCAACAAGCUGUGUAUAAAUAAAUUCACAAACCAAACUAAUUUCAGUAAGACACCAUCCCCCUCUACAUUGAAAAUGUGAACAAAUGGAAAGUAUUUAAAUUUGAGGGAAAGUAUAGGCACUGAUUGAAGUCAUUGCCCAGUUUGGACAUGUCAGUUAUCAUUUAGACUGUUGUAUGAGUUUCUGCCGCUUUGAACAGUAAUUUAAUAUUGAACUACUGCUUUGCUGAAAAUUUAUCAGCGUUGCAAAUGCUUCUGUAUUUUACUGUGUCUCAAAAUAAGGUUAAUGUAUGAAGGCUGUCAUUGUCAUUUGUCAACAUUUUGGAAGCAUGUCAGUCACCACACAAGUCACUGUAUGACAAAAUAAUAUGUUUCACAAAUGAGUGGUUCAGCAUGAUUUUAUUUCAAAUAGUAUCCAAGCAUGGUCAACUGACAUUUUAUAAAAGGUGUAAUGAAGAUCCAGUCAGUGUCAUUGAAAAUAAGAAUUUGUUCUUAACUGACUUGCCUAGUUAAAUAAAGGUAAAAAAAAAAAAAA